CAGUCAGUGUCUUAUCCAUCUCAUGUGGUGUGCACGUCCCUGCCUUAAAUCCACGAGUGGCAAUCCAUCCCGCCCACCAGUCGCAGAGUUUAAUGGUUCUUGCACAUCGAGAGGGUGCACUUCCAUACACACAAGUCGUUCGGGUGAGUUGUGCGCCGAAUGACUGACGACUGACUUACGCCCAAGGAACACACGCCCUCACAGACAUGACAUGACAUGACAUGCACGGUGUCUAUCCAUCAUCACAUGUAUGUAAUGAUCGCAUCACAGCGCCCACCCGCGACGCCCCCCCCGCCCCCAAAAGUGCGAACAAAACUGUGUCUGUUGGUCAGUAUGCAGCUGCCAGAAGGCAGGGCACAGACAAAGAGAGACAGAGAGAGACGAGGGAAGAGGGAGAGAGGCAGUCACAAGAGUGAGUCAGUGAGCGAGUGAGCGAGUGAGUCUUCAUACUUAGACGGAGAAAAAUGAUAUACAUAGUCAGUCACAGUCAGUAUGCCAGAUGGAUAGCUGGUGCAAUGGAUAGACAGACGUCGCUGUGGUGGAUGGAUGGAUGAGUGAUCGAGUCAGUCGAGGGACCACCGAACCGAAAACAGCCAGCCAACGCAGAGCGAUACACAGACGAGACAGAGAGAAUGGAUGCAGAAGUGGCGGGCAUGCACGCACCCAUAAUACGCCCCCGUGCAUUCCUGUCAAUCUCAAUGAAUGGUGUCUUUUCGUUAUCCCUGUGAAGAGAAGGACGGCAUAUGUAUGUAUGUGGAAUGGUGCAAUGUGACGAGCAGUGUGUGUGAACGUGUGCCUGCGUGCAUAUAAAUGGCCACACACAAUCAGAAGGCCAAUGCAUCCGGGUUCUAGAAAGCCGACACGCACAUCGCCAUCCUCGUAUCGUAUCGCAUCACAAUUCCAUCCGCCCCUCUCCGUGCGCACCAACUGAAUUGAAGACAAAUACGUCUCCCUCCCUCCCUGCCUGCCUGCCUGCCUGCCUGCGGCGUGUGCAGCCACUCACAUCAUGAUGCAUCGCGCCAACCGCCAAGCCAAAGAAAACCAGCGAGGAAAAAAAGGCCAAUACAUACGACACGACAAAGUUUCUUUUCCAAUCCGUCAUUCAUUCGUUCAUUAAUGGUACGUUAGGGGCAGCUGUCGGUCCAGCCUCACCCACCCCACCCACAUUACACAAUGAAUACAACAACACACACAAAUGCCCUCACACAAUGGCCGCCCUCUCAUCCCAUCCAUCAGUCAGUCCUUGUCAAGAAGCUAGCCCGCUAGCCCGUCUCCCUGUUCGGCUGCUGUUGCUGCUGUUGGGCGUGGGGUGUUCGGCUUCCCGCUGCUGCCUGCACGUGUGCAAAGGGAUCAGUGAGAACAGCCGCUGGACCCUCACUACUCGGGGGCUGCUGCUGCUGCUGCUGAUGCUGCUGAACGAGAGAUGGUGGCUGUGGGGGCGGGGGCACAGAUGGAGGAGGGGAGGCAUGCUGCCGUGAGGGAGGCUUGGGGGAGCCAGUGUGCGGCACCACCCCACGCUGCUGUUGCUGUUCUCUCUCUAGAGGUGGGGUCCUCUCUCUUCCUGUGUCUUGUUGCGACAGCAGGGGAUGCCGCGUCACACUUCCCACCUCCAGCACAUUCGGCGUCGACACACUGUUCGGAAGAGGCGGAAUGCUGCUCUCGGGGGGCCGCCGCUGCGCCAGGGCCUGAUCACUGACGGGCAAAGGACCUGCUCCAGCAGCUGGCCCAGCAAUGGAGACGGGAGGCGAUGGGCGCACAGGUGACCCCGACAGUGGUGGGACCUCGGCUGCAGACGACGCAACGGGAGCGCCAGCAGCCGCCGCAGAUGAUAAUGGCGGGAGAUGCCCAAAAGACCGGCUGUUGUGCUGCCCCUUGUGCGCGGACGUCAUUGGUGGAUGGAUACCUGGCCGAGCGUCCGCCGUAGUGUGGCCGGGCGUUGCUGAGGCACUGAGCCCAGAGGGACUCCUGCUAUCCUCCGACGACAUUCCGGGGGCGUUCUGUUGCCAAACCAGCAACUGGAAAGCCGCGGGGGGCACAGAUGGACCCAUCACCUGGUUGUGUGGCUGCGGGCUGCCUGGGCUGGUCGCGGGUGCCGCUGGCGCUGCCUCAGGGGUCACAGUGUCACCUUGCUGACCAUGUGGACGGUUUUCGCUGGCCCUGUGGACGUCUGUCGGCGCUGUCUGCUGAUGUCUCAUCGAUGGAUGUGUCGAUGCAGGAGGGGUCUGCGCCAGUGGCGGAAGUGCGGGUGGCGGUACGGGCAUGGCCUGGGCUGUCAUGGAUGCCUCGGGAGAUGACGCCGCCGAUGGCCUCAGAGUCGACUCGCCCGAUGAGGACCCCGACGGUCGCACCACUGGAAAGGGAUUCACGCCCGGCAGCCGGUCCUCAGGCUGCCUCUGGACAGUAGGGGUCAGCACGUGUCCUCCCCUCCCGCUGCCCGGCACAAUCUCAGGGGAUCCUGUCGUUCCGGUACCGGCGCCGCCUGCACUCACUGCUGCAGCCGAUGGUCUCUCCUCGGGGCUGUCCUCCUGCCACAGCCUGUCCGGCACGGUCCUCUCUGGCCGGAUGAGAGGUGAUGGCACAUCUGGUGCUGGCUCGGCAGCUGGCUCCUCAUGCGACGCAACAGACGUCCGGUCCUCGCGAGGUCGGCCGGGAGGGACGAGCUGGGAGGAAGCAGACGGAUGGUGCGUGUUGGUCCUGCUGUGGUCCUCAUCUAUAAGGCAAGGGCCCCGCGCCGCUUGAGGUGGCUGGGGAGGGAACGUGACACCGACGGGCACACGCGGGACAGCGACAGGAGGCAGCCGUGCGUCGAUCUGGGAAGAGGGGUAGGCCGCCGGAGGCCCCGCCGAUGCAGCUGCUGUGUGGCCGGCGAGACUGUGCUGCUGCACUGGAACAUGUUGGCUGUGUUGUUGUUGUUGUUGCUGCUGCUGCACCGGGAUUUGGUCCAGAGGGGCCAUGUGUUCUCUCUCGGUAGAAGAAUGGUGCAGCGAAUGGUGGUGGACGUCUCGCCGAACACCAAUCCCGCCCCCUGUCCCAGCGCUUGCCAUCGCGCCGUGACCUCCCAUCAGAUGCGCGAGAGGCUGCGACCGAGAGCGGGAGUUCUGUGACUGCAUCCAAGCCGGGGAUGGCCCUGCCGCAUCGUCGAGCAGCUCUGAUGCCAGCGGCACGCGCUCGAUAGGUCGCUCCUGAUGGGCUGCAGCGAACGAGACGGACGGCGAGGCCUUGUGCGGCGACCUUUCGGGGGUGCGCGGGCCUUGAUGAGGUGCAUAGCUUCCUUGCUGUGCCAUCGAUAGCGGUGCCUGCAAUCAGAGAGACAGCAUACACGACAAGCGAUAUGAGUCGCUCAGUGUUGUUUUCACGCACCUGAGGCCCCGCGUCAGCCUGGACUGCCUUGUUCUCGCCCGGACUUGAUGCUGACGACACCGGCAUGGUGCUGGCCGGGUGAUGUGCGGGGUAGUGGCCACCCUGACCCGUGGUGGUCGUAGAAUGAGACGGGUACUCAUAUGGCUGCUGCUGGGGGAUCGCCUGAUGUGGGGCAUGCGGCUGUGCAGCAGCAGCAGCAGCAGCAGCAGCGGCAGGAGCCGAGACGUGGUGGUAGCCCCCGACACUUGAUUGUAUAGACGAGGUGGCCUCUGGAGAUCCUCUUUUCUCGAGGUCGUACCCGAAGUGCUGUCUCCCCGCCGCUGAUGCCGCAUGCUGGUUCGGUGGGACCCCGUGCAUGACCUCUGGCGCUCUGGAAGGCAGACCUUGCUGCUGCCUGAACUCCUCUUGCCUCAUCAUCUCGCGUCGUCUCAAUUCCUCCUGCUGCCUUCGCUGCUCCUCCUCGAGGCGAUUCCUCUCCUCAUCCAACCGCGUGUCGGCCGAUGGGAAGUGGAUCUCUGGAUGCGCCGCAUGCUCGUGCUGAGGCGGGUGCGCCAUUGUGGGGUCCGAAAUCCCGUGUGGCGGGACACUCUGUGGCGGCAGAGUGUGCGCUCUGACGCCUUCCUGCCGCUGUGGGCGCGGUGCAGGUGGCUGAGAGCGGGGAGGGGACCGACCGAAGGAAGCAGGAAUCGUGGCUGGAGGGGGGAAGUACCCGGCCUCAACAUCACUCCCCCCGCGGCGAGGCGGCAGGUCGUCCCUACUGGGAGCAGGCCCUUGGGCAGAGUGCACUCUCCUGUUUUCAGGAGAAGGAAUGGCAUCAGGGAAAAGGUCCUUUGCUGGGUGAGCCGGCUGGGGUCCUGCGGGAGUGAGCAGGUGGUGCUGAGGGUGCUGCUCGGCAAGGUGCUGGUGCUGCUGUUGCAUGUGGUCAUAAUGCCGUCUCUGGUCUGGUUGGAUCGGUUCGUGCCUCAGCUGCUCCUCCUGCCCGCGGAGCAGAUCCCUCUGGCGCCGCAGGUCUUCCUCACGCAGCCUCUGCUCCUCUUCUUGGCGCCUCAUCUCCUGUCGCCUAGCCUCCUCUUGUUGCCUCAUCAUCUCACGUUGUCUUAUCUCCUCCUGUUGCCUUCGCUGCUGCUCUUCCUCCAUACGACGCUGCUCGGCGAGACGACGCCUCUCCUCAUCCAGACGUGGGUCGCCAGCCGAAACAGCGGCGUGGUGGUGUAGCAGCGGCUGAUGGGCUGCCGAGAACUGAGGAUCAGACGUCCCUGAGUGAGGGAUUUGAAGUGGAGGGAAUGGGGCGCCGACGGAAUGCUGAGACUGCGAGUGAGGCACCGACAUCGGCAAUGCCUCAGCCCUCGGUGGGCCCCCUCCGCCUGUCACCUCUGGUGUGGUCCUCAAUGUGUCAGCUGAUGAUGGGUGAAGUCCAGCUGUGUCUCGUGCGCCGCUGGAUGGCGAUGGUGAGGUGUGGAAGGCGGCCUGCGGAGAAGGGGUUGGCUGUGGGCCCAGUUGAGGGGCAUACCACAUUGCAGAUGACGACGCCGACGACGCCACAGAUGUUCGGUCGUGUUGCUGAGCAGCACCCAGCGCAGUCUUGUGCUGCAUCUCCUGACCCGCCUGCCUUCCAUGUCCCGAUGAGCCGUCGAUGCCCCCGUACCACGCGCCAGCCGAGGGAGUGGUGCCGCUCUCAGACGGUCGGAAACCAGCCAUUUGCGAGUCGCGCUGGCCCUCGUAAUAGGCCCCCUUGAUCUCGCCCGGGGGCUGGAGCUGGGGAUGAGGCUGAUGAGGUCUCGGUUCGGGAGCCCUGUCGGCAGCAAUCGAACCAGACACACGCUGCUCAGGGGAGCCGGCGGGCUGUGAAGCACGGCUGACUGGGGCUGGAGGGAGAAUGUCGACCCCUUUCUCGGCGGUGGCGGGUGGAUAUGAGGAGUCUUCAGGAGGCCUUGCGUGAGGCUGUGGCGUCUGAUGAACUGGUAACGCCGCUUGGCCCUGCAUCGGUGGUGUUGCUGGUGCGACAGGCUGCUGCAGCGGCCGAGAUGGACCUGGCACUGGUACCGCGCUACUGGGGGGCAGUGGCGGGCGUCCUCCACGUGAGGGGUGGGAGGAGUCUCGGGGCACAGGGGCCGGUAUACCGAACCAGUAGUUGCUGGGCUCCACUGGCGAGCCCUCCCGCGGGAGAGUCCGCAAGACGGCCGCUUCGUCGUUGAGACGCCUCUGCGUCAGCAAUCGCGCCUCGUCGUCAGUGAUCUUGGGGAUGAGGUGGGACGCGUGGUUGGAUGGCGGGUACUCCCGCUUGUAGGGAUCCUUGCGCAGCGCCUCGUCCUCACUGUCCAGCGACUUGGCCGACGGCACAGACAUCUGUGGCGGGCGGCUGAAGAGCUCGAGCUGCAGCGGGCGAUUGUCCUGCAGAGCCGGUCCUGCUGGUAGCUGAAUGCUACCGGCAAACGACACCGGUGCGCCCUCGCCAGGCCGCAAGGUGCCCCUCCAUCCCGACGCUGCCUUUGGCUUGCCCACCUUGGCACCAUGCAUGCCUAGAUUGGGUGAGGUGAGGCUGCCCUGGAAUCCCGUUUCUUGCGGCACAGCGAGGGUCGUGUGUGGCCCCUGCCAGGCGAGGUUGGUGAGGCGCCCGGUGCUCAUGAGGUCUCCCGCCUCCGGCAACGUGCUCGUGGUCGACCGCCGGCCCUUGUCCUUCUCCUUGUGACGCGUCUGCGGCUCUCGUGCGUGAAGGGCCCCGGUAGUUGGCGAUCGCUGGGUGCCGAAUGACGAUGAGGGCAGCGUGGUCGGGCGUCCGUAGAUGAGGGGCUCGCCGCUGUCCUGCCUGUCUGGGGGGAACCCUCCAUGGAACCCUCCACCAUAGGCAAACCCAACAGGGCUGCCGACGCGGGGCGGGGACGCUGCGGCUGGCACCGGCCGGCCCAACUCCCGCAAAGGGUGAAACCUGCACACAGAUCACAACACACAUAGAUCCAGUCAAGCCAGAUCCCGCUGUGAUUUGGUGUUUGGGUGUCCGUAGACCUACAGAGGGUACGUGUCUUCGUAUGAGGUCGGAGGUGACACUCGGCCGCCCGCAGCAGGAGCAGCAGCGGCACCCCCAUACAACGACAUAGACUGUGGCCCUUCGGGUAUGCUGAUGGGCAAGCGAGGUGGUCGGGGUACAGGCGGCUGGCCAAGGGCGCUCACAGCCAUCCCUCCCAGUGCAGCAUAUGGCGUGGGCACUUCAGCUGGCCGUGGCUGCUCAGUCUUGCUGGCUACCGGCAACGAGGGGGCGGCCCGGUGCAGCCACUCAGCCGUCCUCUCGGUCAUGCUGCCCGCCUGGGGCGGCUCCGCCACCGGCUGUGCAACUGACGGCAGCGGCACUGAGAAGUCCCUGCUGGGCUUCGGCUGCACGGGUGCGCGGAACUCGGGGGCUAUCGUGUUGGCAGGGGUGUAGGGAAACCCGUGGGACACUUCAGCAGCUGGGACGCUUGGCUGUCCAGGGAGAGGAGGGAGGGGAGCAGACACCGCCUCGGGCGGGACUUGAGCACUCGCCACGACAUGCGAGUCCUGAUCGAGCCGCCGGCCGUCCGGAAGGACGUAGUGGGCCUUGUUUUCAUCGAGUGGCACCUGCUGCCAGAAGGGGCUGGGGAGGUUGGAUUCCCACUCCGGUCGCUCGGGCAUCGGCUGGAGGUUGGAUGCUGAGGCGAGCUUGGAUGGCGGCACGGGUGCCGGCUGGCCGAUGAAGGACGGGGGCUGGAUCACGGUGAAGGGCACCGUGUAGGGCGUCUGCUGCGAUGCCGCCCUGUCGGUGGUCGGCAGACGAGUCGCCAUCGCACGAACCAAGCUCUGAGCACCGACAAAAGCUCAUUAUCUUGUGUGUUGUGCGUGUAUGCCUCUUGCUAAGAGUGAGGCGCACACACCUGGACAUGAUAAGCGUUGGGCAGACAAAACUUCGCUUUCGACAUUUUGAUGCCCACACUGCAUGCAACAACAUACGGGACAGGAGGGAAGAGAGCAUCUAUGCUUGACCCAGCUGGCUGCCUGUUGUCUGCUGUGCGCACGGCCACACACCUGACAGAGUAGUAUACAGCUUGAGCAGCACUCUCGGUGUCGUCGCCCUCGUCCACACCGCCGCGGGCGCACCUCCCCGCCCUGUGCCUGGUUGUGUUGGGGUGUAGCUGCUGGACGCUCUUGGGAGUGAUGUCGCUGGCUGAUGGGUGGACAGAUGAUGCGUCAUUGCUCAUGGCACUCACGCCAUUCCCCGUGGUGGACGCGGGGAUGGAGUUGACGUCGCUUCCCUUGCGGUGCAGCACCUGUACUGAUAUCGGCCCCUCGAUCUCGUCAUCCCCCUCACCCAGAGUCACGUCGCCUGCGCAUUCAUACAUGACACGACACAUGGCCGCUCCAUGCCGCUUCAUCCUGUCGACUCAUCUGGGCGGGCAUUCUACCUGCUGUUGAUGCCGUGAGUCUGGGCGGCGACGCGCCUCCCGGGACCUCAAGCCGCGACGGCCGCGAGCCCGGCGAUGACUGGGACGCAUGAGAGGUGGGUGGGGAGCGGGGCGUGUGCAGCACGGAUGCCUCCUUCUGGCCGGUGCCCGUGCUCGUUGAGGUCUUGCGAAAGCAUCGGUCGACGCCAAACGUCUCGAAGACGUGGAAGAUGUCCUCGUCGCGCCAAGGGAAGUUCCCUGGUGAUAAUUUAUCAUCCACACGCAACCGCAUACGUGUGGCGUGGGGUGGGGUGGGGCUGGCUAUGGUCGCUGAGUUCUGCACUUACCGAUGCAGAGAAGGAAGUCGAGUUCGUCGAAGUGUUCGCCGAACUCAAGCGACAGCAUCCGCUCCUGUACGCACAGCACAUGGUGUUUGGGUGUGCGACUCAUGCAAUUGAGAGGUCUGUCGCUCGCUCACCAUGAGGUGUGCGCGGCCGCAGUUGGGAGGCCGCACCUCCACCAUCCUUGGCCCAAGCACCACCUCUGCGUUGGAGUUGGCCAGCGGCCCAGCCCACAAGUGCACCAACAGGUCACGGGACUGCAUACACGGCAGCAAACAAGCGAGCCGCGAUGUGACUCAUGCAGCUGUCUGUCUGUCGGUGUGAUCGUGCUCGCGUGCGUGUACCUGUUGUUGUCCAAAGUCGGGUAGCGUGUCGUCCCAGUACCACGUGAGGCUGACGGUCGUGCGCUCGGUGUAUGACCCGGGUGUGUGCUCCUGGAAGCUGUCGAAUAUCUCCUGCACACCGCUCACCCAGUCGAGGUCGGCCGCCUCGGACUCGCUCAACAGCUGCACCCACUCGCCCGUCCGCUUCCUGAACCAUAAAUGACACAGACAGUCAGUCAGUCAGACAGACAAGCAAGAUGCUUUUGCGUGUCUUUAUGUGUGUGUUGCUUGUUCACUGGCUGUCUGGCUCUUGAGUUGCUUGUGUGUGUAUCACGACCGUACCUAUAGACACAUCCGUUUUCAGCGGCGAGGCAGACGGGGAGGUCCUUGAGGAGUCGCUCGAGUGUGGAUCUGGGGUGGCUGCUGGUGAUGAUGACGGUCGUGUCGGGGUCGUUGCCCAGCAGAGUCAACGCCUCGCGCACCGCCUCAGGAAUCUGGAUCAGAGACUUGAAGCGCUUCAUCGGCAUCCCUUAAGGAAGCAAUGCCAUUGAUCACAGAAUCAAUAGUGAGUGAAGCAAUGAGCAAUCAAUCAAUUAAUGACUGCGUGACUCCCCCUCUGUGUGUGCUUGUGUGUUGUGUAUGUACAUACCUCUGUUGCCCCUGGCGGCGAUGAGCGAGUCGAGAAGGUCGAUGACGACCAGUCGCCUGGAGGACGCACGAAGAUCCUCCAACACACGCUCAAACGCCAAGAUGGGAGGCACCGCCGCACACACCUACGCACCAAUCACAACACACGGCAAACAAAUCGACUUUGUGGUGGUCUGUCUGUCUGUCUGCCUGUUGGGUGUGUGUGUGUACCUCUUCGCUCUCGGCCGAUGCUUCCCUGAGGGAGUUGAUGAAGGUCUCGGCCCAGGUCUGGGAGGUGUGCGUGUGCACGUGACGAAAGGCAUACCUACACUCACACACACACACACACACACACACAGAGGAAGUGGAUGCAGCACGUGUUGUGUGUGGUGUUGUUGGUAAGGCAACUCACUCGUGCCUCGACUGCCGUUCUUCAGGAGACAUGGUGAGGGCCUGCUUGAUGGCGUCAGCAGUCUCGUCCAGAUUCCAGGGGUUGAUGCGGAUCGAACCAGCACCUACACACGCACACACACGCACAGCUACAUGCUGCCCAGUCAUCUGCUGUCUGCAGACUGUAGCUACCGAGCGACUGCGCAGCCCCGGCGAACUCGGACAGAAUGAGCACGCCGUGUUUUCCCUCCUGGCAGGCUAUGUACUCGUAUGAGACGAGGUUCAUGCCAUCCCGGAGUGAGCUGAUGAAGGCCACAUCUGCCACGCGAUAGAGCGCCACGAGCUCCUCGAAGGAGAGGGACUGGUCCAGGUAAUGCACCGGUACCGAUGCCAAGCCUCCGCGCUUGCCGAUGAUACGACCAACCAGCUCGUGGACCUGAUCACACACGUGAGUGACACAUUCAUUCGAUGUUUGCUGUCCAUCGGGUGUGCAUCUCACCUUUGAUUUCAGCCGUUGGUAUUCGGGCACGACGGUCCUGGAAGGUACAGCCAGCUGCACGAGGACGCACCGGUCGAUCCACUCUGAGUUCUUCUCCAGGAACUGGUCGAAGCCAUUCAGCUUGUGCGGAAUACCCUUCAUGUAGUCCAGACGGUCCACGCCCAAUAUCACCUGCACAUACAGAAGUUAAGUCAGGUAAGGCCACCACCUCCCCCUCGUGCAUCACAUGAAUCCACACGCACCUUCCUGUCACCGAAUUUCUGCCUGAGUUGCUGUAUGCCGGCGAUGACGGACGGCUGCUGCAGCUUCUGGGUGAAGGAUUGAGGCUCGAUGCCGAUGGGGAUGGUGGCGCAGUAGACGAACACGCCGCCGAUGGGUGACGCAUCGAUGCCCUGUGUGCUGCUCUCGAUGCCCAUGAGCUGCACGCAGCUGCUCAGGAAGUGCCGCAUGUAGUCGUACACGUGGAAGGCCACCAAGUUGGACGACAGCAGACCCGAGAGGAUUUCAGUGCGAAAGGGCAGCAUGCGGAACACCUCUUGUGAGGGGAAGGGCGUGUGCAGGAACCAACCGAUCUUGGAGUCGUUCUUGCGGUCUCGGAGCAUCUUGGGGACGAGCAUGAGGUGGUAGUCGUGCACCCACACAUAGUCGCCGUCCUCAUAGACAUCGAGUAUUGCGUCGACGAAGAGCUCGUUGGCCUUGCAGUAGGCCUCCCACUGCUCCAUGGUGGUCUCGUUGGCCCCGUGGAUGGCAUCCAUCGGCGGGGGGAUGUAGUGGAACAGAGGCCACAAGACGUUGUUGGCGAAACCGUUAUAGUACAGAUCGAUGAUCUCUCGGUCCAAAAACACCGGGUAGCAGUUGCGCUUGCGGGCCUCGGCCACCACGCUCACCUGAUCCCGCUCGAGGAUCUCCGCCCCGGGCCAGCCGAUCCAGACCAUGUCGAAGCCCUUGAUGCCCGACAGAGCAGAGACGAGUCCGCCGCUGCUCACGCUGUAGCUGUACUCGCCGCUCUCGGACCGCUUGAUGGUCAUGGGCAGCCGGUUGGCCACGAUCAGCAGCUUGCUCUGUGCCCGCUCCUCCUCGACCUCACUGCCUCCGCCAUCGGGCGGGCCAGCCCCAGUGGGCCGCUCCUGCUGCUGCUGGUGGAGGUGGCGCUGCUCGCUCUGCACCUGCUGCUGCACCCGCUCCCUCUUGUGGAUGUGGCGCUUGAUCUGCUCCUCAACCAACGUGUCAUCACGCUGCAGACGAUGUGCCGGCAGGUACCUGCACACAGAUGAACAGCCACACACAGGAAUUGCCUCCCCAUGAGUCCGUCGCUUUCAUGUCGCGUGUGUGUCGGGCUUACGGGCCGAAAACGGAGGCGGGAUGGGACAUGGCGAGGCGUGGCCUGAAAGCACAACGAACGGCGCACAAGCACAUGCUUCGCCUGCUCAACAUGACAUCGCGCAUUUCCUACCUGAUGAGCCGCUGCUGUGGCGAUGCUGGACGAAAGCACAGUCAGUAGUAGUGCUGACAAGCCGAAGUAGUGGAAUACAAUCGAAAAGUGGCUGCUUGAUGCGCUUGCGAAGCCAGGUAAGCGUAGUGGAAGAUACGAAGCACAGAGAGUAGAUUUUUUAAUAGGAUAUGGUGCAGGCGGCUUCGUGAGAUGCCGACUUCCAUCGGAGCCGGAAAC